UGAACACUUUGCUAUGCUUGGAUAGCAAUUUUUUAAUGUCCGGAUGAUAACUUCUCUUUUGCUGCUCCGUGACUGUAGGCAUUAUGAUAUACUCUGCUGCCUAUUCCACCUGAUCAUGUCUAAUUAGCUUAUUUAUCCUUCUAAGGGAGACUACUCUUGGACCACCAUCUAACAUUUCUCUGAGCACAAUCUCCUUCCCAUUAGACUCAAAUCUCAUCUCCAUAGCCUACAAAUUUAUUGUGAACUGCACAAGUGUCCUCAUCCAAUGCAUUCCUAGGACCACAUCAGUAUCCUCUAUAUUCACCACAUAGAAAUCAUAAUUCAACUCAUAUUUUCCCAAUUCUAUGUGCAGAUUAGAAAUCUUAUGAGUGCAAUUGAGCUUCUACCCAUUUGCUACCAUUACCUUUAACCCCUCAAAUUCUUUUGUUUGGAGCCCUCUCUUUGCCACAAGUCCCUCAUCAAUGAAAUUGUGGGUGGCACUUGUACCAAUACGAGCUAUUAUUUCUUGCUCUUGCAGAACACCUCUAACCUUAAAUGAUCCCACUUUUUGAAAGCUAGAGAGUUGGGCAAUGGUCCCAUUACAACCCUGUUCUUUCCCUGAGCCCUUUGAUGAACUCUUAUCUCCACUACUCUCACAACCUGAAUGCUGAUCUGAUUUAUCUGAAACAGAUUCAUCAGCUGAAAAGUAUUCUAUUGGCUUAGCCUUUGCCUUAACACUGCACUAAUGAGAUGGAUCCUAUGGCUAUCUACAAUGAAAGCAUAGUUUUUUCCUUCUUAGGUCAUUCAGUCGAUCACCAUCCAAUCUGUUUGCCUCAUGCCUUGACUUAUUUGAUUCCCUGUAAAUGUUUUUUUUUAUCUUUGUCCUUGUGUGGGAAUCCCUUUGACUAAAACUUGUUCCUAGAAGUUGAAGACUCCAUGUCCCUAGCCUUCUUGAUGGCUUCUUGUAUAGUAGGUGGAUUGAAUGCCUUAAUCCAACCCCUCAAAGGAUCUAAUAGACCAUCCAUAAAUAGAACAAUAAGUCUCCUCUUUGAGAUAUCUGUCACCAAAACAGACAAUCUUCAAAAAUCAGCAAUAAAAACAUCCACUAAACUCCAUUGUUUUUUUUUCGUGCAAACUCCUGCAAAUGCAGUUCUAGAUCUUUUUUGUCAAAUCUAUUAAUAAGCCUCUCAAUGAACUCUGCGUAUGAAGUAAUUUGUUCAUGUCUUAUAGUGAUCAUCCCAUGAUGCCACCAAUAUGAACAAUACCAUCCAGGUGAAUAUUGACAUAUUUGAUAGUUUCAUCUUCUAGCAUGGGAUCAAGCUUAAAAUGUGUCCACUUUCUGGACUCGAGUUCUUGUUGAAGUCUUUUAGGAUCCAUCAUAAUAAGAAAGGGUUAGUUUCCCAACCUUAUACAAAUCAUUAUUAUGUGUUCUUCCGCCUGCACAGGGCCUAUGCUUCAAUCCGAGGCCAUGUAAUCUUUGAAAGAUAUCACAGCAUGAAAAUCCACACCUCCAUCUGUCCAAUCUUCUAUGAACUGAUCUUGCAAAUCAUUUUGUUGGAUGUUCAUUAUCUACCUAAGGUUGUAUUCUAUGAGGAGACACCGGCAUUAGUGGCCUAUAAUUAUUAGUUUCCGCACACUGAUUUACAGUUCUGUUGUUAACUGAGUUAUCUCCAUGUCUAUUAUUGCCUCCAUUAUUGUUGUUGCCUCUGAAAUGCUGAGCCAUCAUGUCUUUUAACUAAGCAAUCUGCUGAUAUGUUUCAUGUGCAUGCUGAUUUGCUUCCUCCUGUCCCUUAACCAAAGUAUUUCAAAAGGUUCAUUACAUGUUCAUGUUUUGCAUCCCUAUCACUUGUUUACUUUUCUCUGUUCACCUUUUGCUACUAAGUUUGGGUUAGAUCUGUGUUGGUAAACAGAUUUGUCACUGUGAAUUCUCCUUCAAAAUUGACCCUGUUCGCCCGAAGAGCAGUGACAACCAUUCCAACAGUUGGAGAGAUUGCAAUCAAACUGCAAUCUUGGGCGAAGAGCAGUGACAACCAUUCCAACAGUUGGAGAGAUUGCAAUCAAACUGCAAUCUUCCUCUGCAUUUGAGAGGGGCAGCUCCCUCAUAUGAUGGGUUUUUUUUAGGAUUUUUGUGUACUUUUAACCUGAAAGUACAUAAAGGAAGGAAAACACAAAACUAAUGAAAGUAGAUAACAAAAACCCCAAUGGUAGGCAUACGAAUACACACUGAGAUUCCACAACUGAUAACUAUUACAAGGGGGUUUGAGCACAAAAUAUGUUUGAUAUGUAAAGACAAAAGAAGGAUAACAAAUCUCAACCUACAAGGAAACAGGUUAUCUUAUCACAUUCAAACCAAGAUACCAAGCUAUGAUUGUGUUUCAUCAUAUACAUAUAUCAUUUGAACUGUAGAUCAAUAGAGUGCACAAGUACAUAAACAAAUUAUCAAUUUAACAUACGAGAAAUUGAUAACAAUAAUUGAGAAGUACAUUCAAGACACACAAAUUAAAUGCAUUCUUGAUUAUUCUUUUGAAAGUAUACAAGUUCAAAAGCUUUGAGUACUUUGAGGACAAAAUGUAAAAUCCAAAAGUUCUCCAGCAUCUCCCCUUCUGUAAGGGUCUCCGCUAUGAUUGAAUUACAAAGAAGUAUGUAUAAGUGAGGCUAGUAACCACUUAAGGUAACUACCUUAACCACUUUUAUAACUACUUAGAAUAACUAACUCUUUAAGUGCACCAACUUGAAACAACUAACUUUCUUUUUAGAAAAAUAGUUACUUAGAGUAACUACCCAACUUUGGCACUUAAAAUAACUACCUUGCAACUACUUAGUCUAACCACUUAGGAUAACUGCCUAAAUAAACACUUAGAAUAACUACCCUUUACAAAUAAGUUAGGAUUUAACUAACUUUUACAAAAGGUUCAAAUUCGAAGUUGUGUUACACUGGAUGACAUAGGCACUUUUACAACAAAACAACUUGAAACUUAUAACUUUCAAGUUAGGACCAAUGUGAGGUACUUAUCCAUUUUCAUCUUCUUCAUUGAUCUUUGUGACAUGCUUCGAUUUGAAAGUUUCUAAAGCUUUCAACAAAUCCAUUUUGAGCAUAUGCUGCAAUCAUGCAUUCGACAAGAGACAUUUCUUUGGAGUGAUUCUAUCCCACUGUUCAAGCGCUUUGUUUAUAUGACCAAUGCAUAUUCAUAUAUGAUCUUCAGGCACCAAAAAGACAUAUCCACACACAUGCACCACAGCUUUAACUCGGCUUAUUGUAUUUGCUUGAAAGUUUCUAAAGCCUUUUCAACAAAUCCAUUCUUUGUAUAUGCUGUGAUGAGGCCUCAUUUCUUUGAUACAUCAUGUUUAACAUUUCACAUGCCUCAGCUAUGUUUCCACAUUUUGCAUGCAUUUCCACCAAGGCAGUUGGAACUACAAGUUCUAAUUAUAGUUGAACACCAUUUUAUUUUGGUUCAUGCCCACGUACUGUUUACAGAGCUUCCACGUCGAUGUUGACAAAGGUAAUGGAACUUGGCUUUACUCCUGACAAUUGAAUUUUCUUGAAAAUUAAUAAUGCCUUCACAAUGAAUAAAUUUUCUGCAAAUCUUGCUAUUAUCAUAUUCUGGUAGGUAUCGUCUCUUGGGGCGACUCGAGCAACUUGUUCACAUGGCUUGUCUAUCUUUCCAAAUUCAGCAUGCAUGAGAAAAGGAAUGUUUCCAACUACAAUAUCUGACAAAAGUUUCCCAGCCACUGUGCUUUGAUGAAUGUUGAUAACUAUUAUGAAGCUCCCAUUUUUGUGCUGACAGAGAAAAUGGGGAGACAAAUAUUGUAGAGCUCAACUUCGCACCUGCCACUUUACAUUUGCUUGAUGGUUACCAAGUUAUUUUAACGAGUGCGUGUAGUUUCAAAGCGAUAUAAGAAUUAGUUAUGAUAACUAACUCUUCCUUGAAGAAGGCGUCUAUGCUUUCAUAAACUUUGCACAACCUUUCCAAAUCACCGAUGAAAUAAUGACUUACUUUCUCUCUUUCGCAACUCGAUCAAAUUGCCGAUAAAUAAGUUAGAAUAAUUAACUGUGAGUGUGCAUCGGUGUUUUGCUAUACUUUGCAAAGUUGGCGAACUUGCCAAUAUUACUUCAUCUAUCCUUCGCAUCUUCACUUCAUCGGUAACUUCGGGAAGCUGAACAAACAAAAGUGUUUAUCUUGUCUUUGCCAAACCAUUGUGGAUUGUGCCUUGUCUAAGUUUAUUCUUAUAGAUCUUGCACCCGAUGGAUUUGGUGAAAUGUAUGUUUGGCACAAAACUACUUUUAUUGACACAUUAUGCGAGGCAGCCAACUUAGGAUUAUUGUUUAAGUUGUCAAUAAGGUUACAAACCGUGAUAUAUCAUUUGCCUUUCAAAGUUGAGCAAGCUUACAAAGUAUUCAUAUCACACUUUACAUUUGGCAUCGGCAAGUUGUGAUUCUUCAAUAAAGCACCAAUAAAGCACCAAUUAUUCUCUUUUUGUUUUUGGCAUUUUGAACAACUUAAACAAGUUGGCCAAAUAGUUGAUACACUAUGCAUUGUCAUCAAGAAGACUGACCUACAAUAUACAAUGUCUGCAUAAGAAUCUUCUCCCACAACUUUAUCGGCUGCUUGAGUCACAUUGUAGAGUUUUUCAUUGAUAUUAUAAUAAAAGAUGCCAAGUUACAUGAAUCAACCCACCACAAGACUGAGAGUGAGGACCUUUGACUGAAAACACCAAGUUGCAAAUCCUUGAGAAUUGUAUGUGUACUUGACUAACCAGGGGAUAUAUUGAAUAUAAUAACUGAUCAAAUUUUAGGUGAUUUAAAAAAGGGCUAACAAUCUGUUUCUUCAGAUAUUAUAAUGAUGAGUGAAAGGUUUAUGUUCAAACCCAAACAUGUCAUUGUUUGUUCAUUCCUAACCCUUCAAGAUGGCAGGAUACACUACUUUGAUACCACUGUAAUAUAUACCCUUGUUUCUUUUUUUAAUUUUUUUUUCUGAUUUGCUGGACGUUUUUUUUUUGAAAUAUAACACAAUACAAAAUAGAAAUUGCAGAUAUACAAUUUGCAGCAAUAAAUAAAGAGAAUAACACCAGUAUUGAACAAACCCACAAGCUGGAAAUGCUUUUAGAUUCAUUAUAAAAUAUAGACAGCAAAAUAUGAUUGAUAUUUUCAAUACCCAGAUGAUCAAAAUACAUUUAAAUCAUAGCACCAACAUACCCAUUUGCUGAUUCAACAGAUAAGUCUGAUAUGACUGAAACCGGCAAACUGUACCUUGAGAAGGAUGCCAAAUGACCACAACAAAAAGUCUUUUCAUCACCAAUCCGAUAGCAGCUGAUAAUCAACCUUAGACGCCUCUUUGUAGCACACAAAAUCCACAAAAGCCUAGGUGCUUACUUCUAGGAAUUGGCACACCCAAGUUAGAGAUGGUACCGCCAGUUGUAGGUGCUUACUUUUAGUGUUUUGAACUUUCAAUUUAAUUUAAUUUUCUCCUUAUGUUUCCCAAAGCUGGCACUCACUUCUAAGUGUCCACUUUAUUUGAAUUAAACAACUUAUCCCCCCGGCCGCCCACUUGGUGAUUUUAAUAAAUUAAACAACGUGAAAGUUAAAUAUUAAAUUUCACUGUAAUACUUUUUAAUGUUAUUUAAAGUAAUUGCUCUAGACCACAUUAACUGCCAAAAUAUCAUCUUGUAAUGUUCCCUAUUCAAAGCUGUCACGGUUCAAAUAAUUUAUCAAUCAUUAAUGAAUAAAUUGUCAAUUUAUCAUACUAGAUAAUCAAUUCUAUCAUCCCUAAUCCAUAAAUCUCAAUGCAAUGUACCAACCUCCGGUUAUACUUCAGCUUUAAGGAAGGAGGAGGAUAUGUAUGUUACCAAAGCGCUUAGAGACCAACUACGAUAGGUUUCCUCAAAGUUUACAGAUCCAAGUCCUUACCUCUCUUGGGUCUAUACGCUCAAGGCUUACGGGUCGCUGAUCCCCACCCUAUCUUGGGACUUAACCUAUUGCUUGGAUUUAGACUGCCCCUUUUUGGAACAUCUCAUUCCCAUCUUCUUAAAUACUGACAGUAAUAACAUGAUUUAGACUAUAAGUCAAAGAAACGAGACUCGCCCGAAAUCGCCCAAACUCGGCGAGUCCGAGUCCGAGUCAGGCCAAACGAGUCCCAGGGGCUCGGACUCGGACUCGGACUCGGCCGAGUCUGGAGAGUAAACUCGCCAGAUUUGCCGAGUUGGCGAUUUUGGCCCAAAAUCGCCAAACUCGGCGAGUCCCGAGCCCUGGACUCGGCCGGCGUUGGCACAACUAAAAAGUAAAAAAAAAAAUAGUUUGGAAAGUUUUUUUAAAUCCGUUUUUUAAUGUUAAUUGUCUUCUAGCCCUAAAAGUGACUUUCAUUUCAUUCACUUGCAAAAAAAGGAAGAGUAAAGUGAGUUGGGAAGAAAAACAAGGGUGCAUAGAAGAAAAACCAACAAGGAGGAAGCUCAAGUUUUCUUCAAUUUGUCACAUUGGAGCUGCAUUGUGUUUCGAUUUGGUGCAUCAAGAGUUGGAUAGGAAGAGUUUGCAGCUCAUUUCAAGCUUGUUGUAAGAGGUAAGAUUGUUUUUUUUAACAUUAUUUUGUUUCUUAUAUGCAAAAAUUCCAUUUUCUAUUCAUUUAUUUUGAAAGUUUUACAUUUUCUUGUAUGCAAGAUCUUUUGUAUGUUUGUAAUUUGUAUGUAGCAUGUAGUAUGUAGUUGUACUAUGUAGGGUUGUAUGUAUGGUUUGUAAAUUACCCUACAAUUUAAAAAAAAUAAAAUUUACAAACCCUACUUUAGUUUUUUGAAUGUAUGUAUUAAUUUUAUUUUGUAUUUGUAAUGUUUUAUUGCAACAAACUUCACUUUAUUAUUUGCCUCAACUUCAACUUUCACAAAACUAUUCUAAAAUGUCUACUUCAGCUUCUAGACCCCCCAUGAGAAAGGACCUUGCUUGGAAAUAUCAUGAGGAUUUUCCAGGGCAAGGAAAGGGGCAAACAAAAUGUAUGUUUUGCAAAACAAUAUUCCAUGGAGGUAUAUAUAGGCUGAAAUACCAUAUUGCUGGUGUGCGUGGACAUGAUGCCGAACCAUGCCUAAAAGCAGUCUCUGAGGCCAUACGUGAUUGUUAUGUAAUGGUUGAGGAGAUUGAAAGAAAAAAGAAACAAAAGGAGGAUCGAGUGGCCAUUGGGAGAGACAGUUUUAGGAAGAGGGACACAGUUAGGUUGUGUUGGAGGCCCUUCUUCCUUACCUCCAUUUCGUCCCACUUAGUUUGCUACUGCUGGUGCUUCCGUUUCUGCUUCUGCUUCUAUAAGUGGCAGUGCCACCGCCACUUCUCAUGCUCCUACCACUAGUAGUUGUAGUGGGAAUGUUACCAUUGGACCUAGGAUUCGUAAAUCUAGGUUGGAUUCCUUCUUUGUGCCUCGCACUAUUCCUGGGUCCCAACUGUCGCUUGAGGGCAUGGGUUGGAACAAGGAGGUCCAUGAUGCUGCUAAAAUGGCAAUUGGCAGGUUUUGGAGCUACAGCUGUAUUCCAUUCUUUGUAGCCAGGUGAAUGUUUUACUAACUUUUAUGUUUGAUAACUUUGAUUGUUUUAAUUUUUAUACUUAUCUCAUUGAAUUUUUAUACUUAACUUAUCUCAUUGAGUUUCUUUGCGACAGGUCUCCUUAUUGGCAACAAAUGGUUGAUGCCAUUACCAUAUGCGGGGCGGGGUUCAAAGCCCCUAGUGAGGGUGAUUUGAGGGGACCCAUUUUGUCUCAAAUGGUGGAUGAUGUGAAAAAGGAUUUAGAUGAACAACGCCAGAUAUGGAGCACUAAAGGUUGCACCAUCAUGACUGAUGGUUGGACGGAUAGGAGAAAUAUAACUCUCCUUAAUUUUCUUGUUUCUUCUGCAGGGGGCACCGUUUUCAUCAAGUCCAUUGAUGCCUCCGCCCAUUGCAAGAAUGCCACCUAUCUAUGUGAGUAGAUAGAGGAGGUGAUUGAAGAUGUGGGUGAGGAGAACGUGGUACAGGUGGUGACCGACAAUGCAGCAAAUUAUGUUGCUGCGGGUAGACUAUUGAUGGAGAGGCACCCAUCUAUAGUUUGGACUCCAUGUGCUGCUCAUUGCAUUGACCUCAUGUUGGAGGAUAUUGGAAAAAUCCCAUGGGUCAAGAGAUGUGUAGAAAGGGCAAGAAAUGUCUGCAAAUUUGUAUAUAAUCAUUCAUGGGUGUUGGCUCUUAUGAGACAAUACACAGAGUAGAAGGAGUUGCAUCAUCCAGGAAUCACAAGAUUUGCCACAAACUUCCUCACAUUGCAGUCCAUGCUUAGGUCUAAGCCUGCCUUGAGACCUAUGAUUGUUGGUGAGGAGUGGUCUUCCUCAUCCUAUGCUACCACCCCUGCAGGGAUAGAGAUGGCAGACUGCAUUUUUGAUGAGCAAGGCUUUUGGGUCCCUUGUGAUGAGAUAGUGAAGUUUGUUAAGCCCUUGGUGGUUUUGUUGCGAGUUGCGGAUGGAGAUAAGCCCGCAAUGGGCUAUAUAUAUGAGGGCAUGGAUAGGGCGAAGGAGGCCAUCAGAUUCGUCUAUGGAGCAGAUGAGAGCAAGUAUGGUCCCAUUUGGGAGAUCAUUGAUAGGAGAUGGCAUCAUCAGUUACAUAGACCCAUCCAUGCGGCAACCUAUUAUCUGAAUCUGGCAUUCCGUUUUAUCCCUUCUUUCAAGGCUGAUGCGGAGGUCCUUAAUGGGCUAUAUGCAAUCAUGGAGAAGAUGGGACCUGCUGGUACUUCUCAGAUAGACCUUUUUCGAGAGCUACAGAUGUUCUCAGAUGCACAAGGGGAGACCUUCUCUCGUCCUGUCGCCAAAGACGAUCAUUGGUGGAACUUUUUUGGCCCAGAGACACCAAAUGUUCAGAAGUUGGCCAUUCGUAUCUUGAGCCAACCAUGCAGCGCAUCAGGUUGUGAGCGCAAUUGGAGUAUGUUUGAGCACAUACACUCCAAGAGGCGCAAUAGAUUAUCUGUGGAGAAGAUGAAUGAUCUCGUCUUUGUUCACUACAACCUCUGCCUGAGAAUGAGAAAGAAUGCAACAGUUGACAUGUCUCCUAUCAUUCUAGAUGUGGUUGAUCUUGAAGCAGAGUGGGCCAAUGAGAAUCAGAUAGCUCCUGGGACUCCUACAGCUGUAUUUAGUGAUGAUGACAUUGAUUGGAUCAACCAGGUAGAUAUAGAGGCUGAGGCUGUAGCCAUGGCAGAGGAGGAGCAGAGAGCACAAGCAGAGACAGGAAAUACUGAGACUCAGAGUGACACAAUUGUUCUUGAUGUUGGUGAGCAUGACACAACCGUUCCUGAUGUUGGUGAGCAUGGCAUGGUGUCACGGGGAGCAACUAUGGCUGUUGAAUCAUCCAGGACCUACUUUAAACGCCUUCGUAGGGGACCAGGGUGAGAGGGUGCACGGCCCUCUCAGCCAUAGGCUUGUACACUUGUAGUUGUAUUUAGUAUUUACUAUUUACCUUUGGUAUUUGUAUGAAACAUUUGAUGAUGAUCAUAUGAUGACAUGGAUUUUUUAUUCCAUGAGUUUUGUAAUAUUGUAUACAUUUGACAAUAUUUAUAUAUCUAUGUUUGUUAUUUUCUUUAGCUACAAUUUGCGUUUAUGCUUAUGUGAUUGAUGUAUACUUGUGUAUGUAAUCAAAUGAGCCGAGUUUAAUGAUGUUUUUGUGUCUUUAAGGUGUAUUCAAUAAAGGGUGUCUGAAACAAGUUUUAAAUCUUUAAAAAUCUCUAAAUUUCUUGAGUUUUUCACUUUCCCGAGUCCAGCCGAGUCUGGAGCCGAGUCCCGAGUCCGAGUCCGAGUCGGCCUUGCCGAGUCCGAGCCAAGUCCGAGUCCCGUUUCUUUGCUAUAAGUAUACUAAUUUCUUAUGUAUUAUGAAUAUAUAUGAAAUUAAGUAUGACUGCCAUACAUAUUGCAGUUCAUAUUAAUAUUACUAUUAAUUCUGCAUAAGAACAUUAUCAGGCUUCAUAUAUUAAGCAUACUUAGUAAACACAUCCCCAUGCAUACCACCAAGAAUGAGGAUGUUGUUGCCUGUAACUUAAUAACAGUUCUGAUCUUAUUUGAUCUGAUCCAUGGUGAUAUCACUAGAUGUUUUUGAUUCCUUCCCUUUAUAUCUCCCAAUGUGAGGGAGAGGUCACACCUCUUCAUCAUGUAUGUCCUUUGGCAAGAGACACACUCUUUCACCAUUAGCACCCUUUGAAAGAGUGAAACUCUUCAUUCUUUCCAGGCUUGCAAAACUCGGCGAGCUAUUAAAAAACUCGCGAGUAAUCGUGAUCCAGAAUGGCGCGCGAGUUAAUCGCGGAAAUGCUCGGCGCGAUUUUUUCAUAUAGUCGCCGCGAUUUUUUUGACAAAUACUCGCCGUUAAUCGCCAAAACCCGCCCGAAAACGCGGCACAAAACGCGAAAAAAAUGCGACUUAAGUCGCAGGCAAAAAAAAAACCUAAGUCUUUAUUCCAUUUCGCACGACUU